GUGAUCGGAUAGUUCUUUCUACCUCUCCUUGUCGUGCAAAACGAACAAAAAGGACUUGCCAUCCAAACCCUAACCCAACCCAUCCCUUUUACUUCUCCUCUUCCUCCUCCUGCGCCCUCUUCUUCUCUUUCAGCAGGUAGGGCUGAUGGGAUCGACGUCGGCUUCGGCCGGAUCUGGUGACGCCAAGGCUUGCCCUCGUGGUCACUGGAGGCCCGGCGAGGAUGAGAGACUGCGGCAGCUGGUGCAACAGUUUGGUCCUCAGAACUGGAACUCCAUUGCUGAGAAGCUGAAAGGAAGAUCAGGUAAGAGCUGUAGGCUGAGGUGGUUUAACCAACUUGACCCACGGAUCAACAGAAGGCCAUUCACAGAAGAAGAGGAAGAGAGGCUGCUGGCGGCGCAGCAAGUUCAGGGGAACAAGUGGGCGCUGAUCGCGCGGCUCUUCCCGGGAAGGACGGACAACGCCGUGAAGAACCAUUGGCAUGUCAUCAUGGCCCGGCGGCACCGGGAGAGAUCGAAGCUGUUUAGGAAGAGCGCCAGCUUCCCGGAUCAGAUCCAUCCGGUCUCAGCUCCUCAGGAAGGAAGCCAUCGACGGCAUCUCCGAUUUGGUUCUGAUAGCGACUUCCGCGUCGUCUCACCCUCAGGCUUCAUGCUUUGGCGAGCUUUCUCGGGAUCAAGAGACUACCCUAGCACUCCCAAAUGUAGUUCCGGUGUUCUCCUCGACAGCUCGCAGCUCCAUGGCCGCUCGCUUCGCCCUCAUCAUCAAGCUUACAGAAGCCUCAGCGUAGAUGCCAACUGCUCUGACUAUGCAGUGAGUGCACGCGACAUGGCUCGAGAUGGAAGCGAUUCAGCUAACAGUAGAGCUAUCAGCGAGCAGAUCAAUGACAGAAGCAAGAAGGUUGCCUUCAUAGAUUUCUUGGGAGUUGGAAUAACUUCUUGAAUCCAAGAACCUUUCGACUCCUCGGAUUUAGGCUACAGAUUGGGGUCCAAAUUAGGAGAGACAACCGAGUCGGCCGGCCAUUAUUUUGCUUUGGGGUCUCUGACAUAUCAAAACAUCAUCCAUUAAUCUGACACAAGUCGUGGGAAGAAGUAUUACUUCCCCACCAUGGAUUGCAUCUGUUCUCGUUCCUUCCUUCCUCUGUGUUGUGGGCAUGAAGAUGUGCAGGGUAGAUGAUCGCAUCGGAUGGCGGCUUAUGCAUGCACGCAUGCAUGCAUGCAUCUCAGUUGUGAUUGUUAUCAUCAGCAUGUAAUUUAUGUAAUCAAACUGUGACAGUGCAACCCUAACUAUGAAUUGCAUGAAC